AUGUCAAGGCGAAAGACAACGACCAAGUUGGUAGUCAAAGAGGAAGACGAAGGAGAAUUGACUCUGACAACAAAGUCUGUUGAAGAGAUGAAGACCAAGCUAAACGGCUUUGCUUACACAUCUAAAUCCCGUGCGGCAGCAACAAGAGCAAGAACGAUGCGAACGUCUACAACGGAAUCCCUACCGAUUAAACGGAAGCGUUCUAGUUCACUAGAGGAAAAGGCCGCUACCAGUCCUCGAAAGCCCAAAGCAUUCAAAAUGAAGUUGGACGAGCCUCACGCCGCACCAAAGAAUUGGAAUAUCACUUACAAGGCCAUAGAGGAGAUGAGAAAGGGUGGAACGGCACCCGUUGAUUCCAUGGGCUGCCACGUUCCGAUGCUCGAUGCAAGGAUCGACCAAAAGACACGUCGCUUUAUAACCCUCCUGUCCCUCAUGCUAUCCUCUCAAACCAAGGAUGAGGUCACGUUCACGGCCGUACAGAAACUUCGAGUGGCCAUGGAGCCUGCGGAUGCAAAUCCUCAUGAAGUCUAUCUCACCCCUGCGGCCAUACGCUCCGCCCCAAUUUCACAGAUUGAGGAGUGCAUCAACAAGGUUGGCUUUUGGCGUCGAAAGGCACAGUAUAUCAAGGACACGGCAGAGAUUCUCGGAAAGGAAUACGACGACGAUAUACCACGGUCUAUCGAAGGUCUUUGUGCGCUGCCGGGGGUUGGUAUGAAAAUGGCCAUGCUCGCGAUGCAGUCAGCCUGGGGUGACAACGUCGGAAUUGGUGUCGACGUACACGUUCAUAGGAUUACUAACCGUCUACACUGGCAUAAAAAGGAGACCAAGACACCGGAAGAGACGAGGUUGAAUCUGGAGAGCUGGCUCCCAAAGGAAUUUCAUCCGACGAUUAAUCCUUUACUCGUCGGAUUCGGACAGACAAUUUGCACACCGGUGCGACCGAAAUGCGACGAAUGUCUUUUGUCCAAAGCCUCUUUCGAGCUGGAUGGUGAGGAGGUUGAAGGUCCGCUUUGUCCGAGCGCAUACAAAGAAUCCGGUUCGCCACGAAAAAAGACGACCAAAGUGGAGAGCGUCAAGCUCGAGGCAGAGGCAAAGAUAAAGGUAGAGCUGGAGUAA